CUGAAGUUCCGCCUUCCAAAAAUUACGCUCAUCUAACGAAGAAUUGAUUCAAAGAUGGCUGCCAAGAUGGCGCUUGUUGUUCUGUUUGGAUUUUCUCUUGUUUCCAUUAUUUCAUCACAAACUAAUUUUGAUCCAAUGCUAGUGACUCCACCUCAUGUUUUAGUCCAUGCCGCUACUUCUGGUGAUUUUACUAUGAAGAGUAAUAAUGGAGAUAUAAAGAUUGGAUACAAUGAAACCGGCAAAGUCAUCUUUGAUAAUGAAGACUUAAAUUAUAUAAUACAGCUGAUUCUUAGUCAACCUCCCGUAUGGGAAGAACAUUCUCCGUUUGGAUAUAUUGGAGAAUUUCACGCAGGGGACAAAAUAGAUGUAAACGUCAUAGCUAAGGACCCGGAAGGACAACCAAUAGUGUAUGGUAUUGUAGCCGGAAUGUUGCCACCUGGAGUAAAACUAGAACCUGAUUCCGGUCGAAUACAUGGACUAAUUCCCGAUUCUGAUGCCACUUACACGAUAACUAUUAGAGCUACAGAUAUACAUGGUCAUUUUGCUGAUAGUGUAUUCAAAAUUGUUACCCGUGGAAUAAUAUAUUGCACAAAGAAACCUUGUGUUAAUCAAGGCGUUUGUCUAGAUGAAACUACAGGAUACAAGUGUUACUGUCCAAAUCCAUAUGGUGGUCUUAGAUGUGAAAUUGACUGUAGCAGUAACAAUCUUAUUGGACCAUCAAAUGCCAAAGCUAUACCUGAUGCCAGUUUAACAGGAUAUAAUAUGUACAGUUCAAAUGUGGCGAAGGAUGCAAGAUGGAAUGCAGGUGGAUGGUACGGGGAGGAUUCAACAUCUUAUUUACAAGUAGAUUUAGGAAAUGUAUCUCAUAUAGACAAUUUUCAAAUCAAAGCUCGAAGUUCCAGCCCUUCAGCAUAUAAUACUGGGAGUUUCUACAUACAACAUAGCAUUGAUGGAAACAUAUUCCAUAAUUACACAUCAAGUUCCAACGGAAAUGUAUUUACUUUCUCUGGUACCACGUCUAGCAGUGCUCACAAAGUCAAUCUACCCGAACCGUUAGAUACCAGAUUCAUCAGAUUCUUCACCCUGACGUGGCAUCACAGUUACAAACCGUACAUGAAUAUGGAAAUUCAUGGCUGUCACAAUAACUCAUAA